UCCACCAUUCCCAACAUUAAAAAAGGUUACUUUGCUGAGCUGCAUUUGCAUUGCACAAAACUAAUUAAGCUUGCAAUUAAUUGCAUACUAUCACCACCUACACUUGAAUUGAAUCUCUCCGCAGCUUCAUAUACGGUCAUAGUUAGGUACAUUACGGCAUGGGGAGCAAGGAUAGAAUAUCAUUGCACCCACCAUAUGUGAGGGGUUCUCCCCCUUCAGGUCCUGGUUUGUUGCAUUCUGAGCCACUCACUAUGCACCAUCCGCCUGUUCGGCAUGCGCCAUAUGAUAUGUUGCCACGCUCCGAAGUUAUGGAGCGCAGGAUUGCUGACCAGCAGCUGCAGAUGCAGAGGUUAGACUAUGGAAACCGGAGGCUCUCUGACCAGCACACGGAGAUGCAAAGGCUGGACUAUGAAAACCAAAGGCUUGCAGCUUCCCAUGGGACAUUGAGGCAGGAGCUCAUUGCAGCACAGCGUGAAAUGCAAGUGUUGCAAUCACAAAUUGGCACUGCAGAGGCCAAGAGGGAGCAGCAGAUUCGGGGUGUCGUAGAUGAAAUUGCUAGGAUGGAGUCUGAGCUGCAGGCUGCAGAGCCUCUCAAGCAUGAACUGCAACGAGCACAGGGUGAGGCUCAGAGCCUGGUUGUUUCUAGGGAGGAGCUUGUUUCUAAUGCGCAGAAGCUGUCUCAAGAGCUUCAGAGAACCUUCACAGAUGUGCAGCAGAUUCCAGCUCUGAUGUCGGAAUUUGAGGGUCUCAGACAAGAAUAUCAGCAUUGCAGGGCCACUUUUGAAUGUGAAAAAAAAUUAUACAAUGAUCACCUUAAGUCACUUCAAGAGAUGGAAAAUAACUAUGCUUCUAUGUCUAAAGAAGUGGAAAAACUCCGAGCAGAGCUUACAAACACUGUUAAUGUUAAUCAAAGAAGUAGUGGUUCUUACGGAGGCUCCUCUACUACUAUGGACAAUGAGGCUUAUGGCCUUUCUAAGAGACAAAAUGCACAUGAAGAUGGUUAUGUUGUUUCCCAGGGAUAUGGUACCCUCCCCACAGCCAGUGUUGGUGGCACUACUGCAACUACUACUGGAGCUAAACCUGGUCCGGCUUCUGCAAACAAUGGGUUUAAUGCUCCCAGAUGGUCAAAUUAUGAUUCAUCUGCUGGUCCUGCUUAUGAUCCACAGAGGUCUGUUGCUUACGAUGCACAGAGGGUGACUGGUGUUGAUUCGGUUACACAAUCUGGCUAUGAUUCACAGAGAGAAGCAAAUUUGAAUGCUCAAUAUGAUCCACAUAGAGGUACAGGUUAUGGCAUGCAGGGAGGUCCAGGUUAUGAUAUGCAGAGACGGCCUGCUUAUAAUGCAUCCGGAGCUAUUGGCUAUGAACCGCAGUCAAUAGCUGCUGGUGGUCUUCAUGGACAUGCUCUGCCAGUGGAGACUAUGCUGCCUUAUGGAUCUACAACACCGCCGGCUCAUAAUAGUGGUGGAUAUGAGACUUUGCAUCAAGCGGUAAACCGAUGACCAUCUCUUUAAUGUACUCGUUAUAAUAUUCUAGGCCGGCAUGCCACCAUCCACGAUUAAAUCGGGUGUGAAUCUGAAAUUCUGAAUAUAAACGGAGUUCACAUCUCUUAUAGUUGAUCUGCAUAGAAUAUGAUGGGUCAAUGAUAGCUAUAUUCAAUUCACACUAAUUGAUAAUUCUCAAACCUAAUAUGUUUCUUUGAAAUCUAAAUUGAUGGAGUCUCAAAAAUGUUUGUGGAACCCCAUAUUCAGAAAAUUCUUUCUGCACAAUGCUGCCUAGAGGUGCAUCAAUGAUGAUCACAUCCCUUGUUUUGUGAUGUUCAUGCUCAGAGUGUAGACAAGGAGUAACUUGCCAUUGCGGAAAGCUCCUUAGUUUCUUACAGCUGUGUGUUUUGUAACAUUAGUCCAUUGACAUCGAAUUAAAUUAUGUCCUUAUGUUCUCAUGUAUGUUUUAGUUUUAAGGUGUCUCACUUGAAAAUUUAGACAUAUUUUGAUCAUACUUUGUCACUUGAUGUAUUGAGAUAUCAAAUAGGUUGUAAAGAAAAUAUAUGCAUUUUCAUAAAGGAAACAGAG